GUUUCCUCUCUCACCAUAGCGCCCGCUCUGUCGCCCUUCGUUCACCUCUCCUUCCUCUCGUCCCUGCCUGCCAGGGAGAGGGGAAGUCAGAGGCACGGAGUGGCGCAGAGCAGACGCCCGUGAACCAUUGUAGCUGUCCCUGUCGUCGUCGUCGUCAACGAACCCACACAAGGAAAGGAUGGAGAAGAAGCCGACCAUCCUCAUGAACAGGUACGAGCUCGGGCGCACGCUCGGGCAGGGCACCUUCGCCAAGGUGUACCACGGCCGGAACCUCGCGUCCGGCGAGAGCGUGGCCAUCAAGGUCAUCGACAAGGAGAAGGUGAUGCGCGUCGGCAUGAUCGACCAGAUCAAGCGCGAGAUCUCCGUCAUGCGCCUCGUCCGCCACCCCAACGUCGUGCAGCUGCACGAGGUGAUGGCCAGCAAGAGCAAGAUAUACUUCGCCAUGGAGUACGUCCGGGGCGGCGAGCUCUUCGCCCGCGUCGCCCGCGGCCGGCUCAAGGAGGACGCCGCGAGAAGGUACUUCCACCAGCUCGUCGGCGCCGUCGACUUCUGCCACAGCCGCGGCGUCUACCACCGCGACCUCAAGCCCGAGAACCUCCUCGUCGACGAGCACGGCAACCUCAAGGUCUCCGACUUCGGCCUCAGCGCGCUCAGGGAGUGCCAGAAGCAGGACGGCCUGCUGCACACCACCUGCGGCACCCCCGCGUACGUCGCGCCGGAGAUCAUCAACAAGAAGGGCUACGACGGGGCCAAGGCCGACAUCUGGUCCUGCGGCGUCAUCCUCUUCGUGCUCCUCGCCGGCUACCUCCCGUUCCACGACGCCAACCUGGUGGAGAUGUACCGCAAGAUCAGCAGAGCCGACGUCAAGUACCCGCAGUGGUUCUCCCCUGAGCUCCGGCGGUUGAUGCCCAAGCUCCUCGAACCGAACCCAAACAACAGGAUCACGAUCGAGAAGCUGGUCGAGCACCCCUGGUUCAAGAAGGGGUACAGGCCGGCCGUCAUGCUGGCACAGCCGCACGGCUCCAGCAGCCUCAAGGAUGUCCAGGUCGCCUUCAGCAACGCCGACCACAAGGACAGCAGCAGCAAGGUGGAACAGCCGGCGGACAGCUCCUUGAAGCCGGCGAGCCUGAACGCGUUCGACAUCAUCUCCCACUCCAGAGGGUUCGACCUGUCAAGCCUGUUCGAGGUGGACCAAGAGCAGAAGGCCAGCAACUCGCGGUUCAUGACCCAGAAGCCGGCGUCGGCGAUAGUGUCAAAGCUGGAGCAGAUCGCUGAGACAGAGCGCUUCAUGGUGAAAAAACAGGACGGGCUGGUGAAGCUGCAGGGGUCCAAGCAAGGGAGGAAGGGGCAGCUCGCGAUCGACGCCGAGAUCUUCGAGGUGACACCGGCCUUUCACGUCGUCGAGGUGAAGAAGUCGGCAGGCGACACGCUGGAGUAUGAGAUGUUCUGCAGCAAGGGCCUAAGACCUUCACUCAGCGACAUCUGCUGGAGCAGCCGAUCUGAGGAGAACAUGGCUCCUUCAGUGGUUCAGCCAUCAUAAUUGAAGCCAUCCUCUUAGACCGUCUCCAGCACUUUAUCCAUAUGGUCUCCCCCUCUUAGUCGAUUGUUAUUUAAGUGCAGCCUCUUCGGAGAUGCAAUUACAAUCCAUCCUCUCUUUCUUUUUCCCUUUCUCAAAGAGCUAGGACCUUGCUCGACUGAGCAUCAGGCUGUAGGGCUCUUUGUGAUCAUCUUUUGCCAGUUUUCUUCUUGUAGCAGAAAUUGUUGGGCAUGGAA